UUUCACAACGCUAGUAUACAAACGAGAAAUCAUCGAGAAAAUGUUUAGAUCCAUUUUUGGACUAAAAUUCUUUGCAAGACCUCGGCCUUCAGGAGAUAUGGACUCUUCUUCGAAGAAGUCCAAACGAAGGAGUGAGAGACCUUCAUCUCCUGAAGACCUCAACCCUCCCACCAUCUUGAGGGAGCACGGACGACGGGGUGAGAGACCUUCGUCUAGUGGAGGCACCAACCCUUCUACCAUCAUGAAGGAGCACAGGCAAAGGGGUGAGAGCCCUUUGUCUUGUGCAGAAAACCAGCCCUCUAUCACCAGGCAGCAAGAACGAAGGAAUGUGAGCUCUUUGUUCAUCGUGGGCACCAACCCUUCUACCAUCAUGAAGGAGCACAGGCAAAAGGGUGAGAGCCCUUUGUCUUGUGCAGAAAACAAGCCCUCUACCACCAGGCAGCAAAUACGAAGGGGUGAGAGCCCUUCCUCUUCAUCCUCUGAAGACGACCAGCCUUCUUCCACCAGGCAGCGAGUACGAAGGUUUGAGAGCCCUUCGUCUUCAUCCUCUGAAGACGACCAACCUUCUACUCCAAGGCGGAAGCAAGCAUGGAGAGGUGAGAGCCCUCCGUCUUCAUCUUCUGAAGACGACCAGCCUUCUUCCACCAGGCAGCGAGUACGAAGGUUUGAGAGCCCUUCGUCCUCAUCCUCUGAAGACGACCAACCUUCUACUCCAAGGCGGAAGCAAGCAUGGAGAGGUGAGAGCCCUCCGUCUUCAUCUUCUGAAGACGACCAGCCUUCUUCCACCAGGCAGCGAGUACGAAGGUUUGAGAGCCCUUCGUCUUCAUCCUCUGAAGACGACCAGCCUUCUACUCCAAGGCGGCAGCAAGAAAAAAGGGCUGAGAGCCCUUCGUCUUCAUUUUCUGAAGACGACGAGCCUUCUACCACAAGGAGGCAGCAACAACGAAGUAAUUUGUACAUCGUAGACUUCAACCUUUCUACCACCUUUAGGCAGGAUGGAGGAAUUGGUGAGAACCAUCUGCCCUGCGUUGACAUUGACCACCCUAGCAUCUGGUGGGAGCGCGUACGAAGGGUCAACCCUUCAAACACCUUGAGGCAGGACGGAAGUGGUGACAGCCCUUCCUCUACAUUUUCAUCUUCUGAAGACGACGAGCCUUCUACCACAUGGAGUCAGCAAGAAAGAAGGGCUAAUAGCCUGAGUGCGAGAAAGGAGAGGGAGCUCGUUGAAAUACAAAAGCAGCGUUAUUCUGAUUUGAGGUGUGAAAAGAUGAAGAUAAAGAAGGAGAGGAAAACGUUUGGUCUGCUUUCAAGAAUAUACAUUUGGUGGCUCGAAUGGAAGAUAGACCGCAGUGCCAGGGAAUUCCAAUCAACCUGUGAGGAUGCGUGCUACCUCCAGGUUCAUGGUCACCUCAGAAAUCCAGAGAUAAUGGCCAAGAUCCAAAAAGAGCUGCUUGACCGAAGGAAUGAGCUGGCCGUUUCAUAUCGCAGACAAGUAUUUAAGUUGGAGAUGGAAGUGAGGAAGCAAAGACUGAAGAGUGAGGACACGCCCCCCCCUGUUGAUUCCCCCCACACCUGGUACCAACUCCAAUCAGCGCACCUGCAGAGGAAACAUACUCAGUCACCUCAGAAAUCCAGAGAUAAUGGCCAAGAUCCAAAAAGAGCUGCUUGACCGAAGGAAUGAGCUGGCCGUUUCAUAUCGCAGACAAGUAUUUAAGUUGGAGAUGGAAGUGAGGAAGCAAAGACUGAAGAGUGAGGACACGACCCCCCUGUUGAUUCUCCCCACACCUGGUACCAACUCCAAUCAGCGCACCUGCUGCUCAUCCUGCUCCAUCACCUGCCUUCAAAUGCCAGUCGGACUUUCCUCUCCCUGCCCGAUUGUUGCUUACCACUGA